AAGACCACGGGGCUUUUGCAGUGGAAUCGGUGUGAUUGUGCCGGAUUUGUGGUUUGACAAAGUACGGUGCACUGCAGAAAAGUAUGUGAAAUCCACCAGUUGCUGCCCGUUUGUUAACUGACUGAUAAUGGAAAACUAUGAGAAAGGAGAGACGAGAAAAGUCUCAGAGGAUUGCCUCCCCUUGGCACUUGACAACAACACAGUAGCCAUGAAGGUUAACUAUGGCAGCAAAAUACGCAACCUCAUGGGAUUCGCCAUGAAAAAAAUUAAGGAACCAGAUGUGCCCUGCAUAACGUGGGAAGGCAGUGGGAAUGCCAUCAGUAAGACGGUUACCUGUGCAGAAAUCAUGAAACGUAAAGUACAGGGAUUGCACCAGUUCAAUUAUGCAAGAUAUAGAAGAAUAGAGGAGUACUGGGAGCCCAAACUGGAAGGUUUAGACAGGUUAAAGGUGAAUCGUGAUAUCCCUGUGUUAACUGUGGUGCUGUCAAAAGUUCCCCUGCAGCUGACUAAUGAAGGAUACCAAAAACCAGGUUCUAGAGAAUCGUUCUGGGAAAGUGGCGAGCGUGGAGAGAAGAGGCGUGCCAAGCAAAGCGGUAACCAUAGAAACCCACGACAGAGGAAGGGACCUAAAGGCAGGGACUCCACCAAACAGGCCAAGUUCUCCACAAGCGAGAAGGGCAAACAGCAAUCGUUCAGCGGAAAGACAAAGAAAGAUACAGACAGUAGUAGUGACAAAAGAUAGCACUGACUAUUCUAUGGCAAUGGUGGUGACAAAAGAUAGCAUUGACUGUGUUUCCAUGGUGAUGGUAGUUAUAAAAUUAUAGGACACUUACAAUUAUACGGAAACUGCAGCGUCGCUAUCUCAGCCUAGCCAGAUGUGUGACAUUAGUUAUGUGAUUGGUCCUCAUAACUUGGCAACACUAGUUUUUCCGCAUAAUCGUAAGCACCCAUAGCAUUGUGUUUCCAUGGCAAUGGUGGUUAUGGGAAUGACAGUGCUUUGAGUGAUAACAAAACCACUACUAAAACGUGGAAAGAGAAAUCCGAAAUGAGCUGGUCAGAGAUUGACAAAUGUUACUGUGAAGACAUGUGGAAUGUUUUAGUUAUCUAACCAACGGAAUAAAUGUAAUUUAAUCAUCAUAGUAUUGGUUGUAUGAACACAAACUGACGUGACAUACUUCAUGGCCAAACAAUAUAUUGUUCAAUCUGGGUAGUUCAGUGGAGCCAUAUGGUCUCAUCUUGUGAAAGGUACCCCAAUUCCUCAACCUUUUCACCUCAACCAUGUGAAAGACCAAAUUUCAGUGUAAUUUAUGCAUAUUUAUGAAUUGAUUUUGGAGACAAAACUGCAUUGGUUGGCUUGGCCAGUUUCAGGACUUCACAAAAAGAUAAAUUUUACCAGUCAACACAGAAUAUGCAGAAAGGUUGAAGAAUUAAAGUAAAU